ACUACUCGUUGUCGUUGACGUUCACCGGCACCUACGCCAGAUCUGUGUACACUGUGAGAACUUGAACAUCCUUUCUUCCUCCUUUAGGUCUAGCGAGGGAAGACCUUCGUAGUAUCGUUCACCCACUUUCCAAGUCGUUGAGACUAUAUGGUCACGCUAACGCGAGCUUUAGAUGUUUCGCAAACCUCGCGAUGCGGCAGUGGAAGCGCUACAUACGCCACGGAGCUACACGGUAGCUGGACAAUUGGGUCAAUUCCUCAAGGAGGUUAUGCAUUGGGACAGAUUGUGGAGGCUUGCACUCAAUUUCAGUCGGAGACAGUACAUAAAGAUCCCAUCCACGUAACCGCUCAUUUUCUUCGUGCGACAAAUGUUGGGCCUGCGGAAGUGCGCCUCAGUGUCCAGAAGAUAGGGAAGAACUUCACCAAUCUUACAGCGGACCUUGCUCAGGGGGGGUACACCAAGUUGACAUCCCACCUUAUUUUUGGUGAUCUCACUCCCGUGCCGGGUGGAAUUUCUCGCAGUCUGGCGCCACCAUCCCCCUAUGCUCGGCGUCUACCCCUCCUCGACCAUCCUUCUGCGGCCGUCCGAGAUAGGAUGAGGCGUAUCUGGAACUUCCACUCACUUCUGAGUUGGUCCAUGGACCGCACAAUCCUGGCGCGCAAUGUCAUGCACAGCCAGCCCCGAGCUGAUACUGAGAUCAUAGGUGGAGGUGGCGUUGAAUGGGGUGCAUGGUGUGAGCUAACCAGAACAGACGACGAAAUCAAGCCUUCGUCUAUCCCAUUUUUCGGGGACACUUUCCACAACCUCCCUGUCCUUUUACCUGAUUCAGAGCCAGCUAGUCGAGGAACAUCAGACUGUUGGUUCCCGACCGUGACCAUGACCGUCGAAUUCAAGGCUCGUAUUCCCUCAUCGCAGGAUUAUGCUUCUCGAACGGUCGGGUUAUACUGCGAAUCACGCUUCUUGACCGAUCCGCAUGGAAGACACAAUGCUCAUGUCGAAGUUUGGACCGCCCCCUCUGCAAUUGGCCAGGGGAAUUUAGAAGCUGGUUGGAGGGACAAGCAGUACUGCAUUGCAGUUGUUGAUCAAAUGGCUCUUACUUUGUCUAUGGACCUCAAUCGCCGUCAAGGCAAUAAGAACAAAGUUACCCCCAAGCUAUAGACUACAGCUGUGACGCCGUCUAGCAUUUCUAUGUGAUUCUUGAAAUAUAAAUGAGCGCGGAGUAAGACGUG